GUAGAUGUGUUACAGAUUGUGUUUGUGUGUUUUAACGCUCAUCCUGCUCGUGAUCCUGAAUACACGGAUGUUUGUGGUCCGGAGCUGCGGGCACGCGCAUUAGACACCUUCAAUUAACAAUAAAACAGAUCACUGCGAUGCACGAGACGGAGAGAGGCGCGGGACACGGCUCACCGACCGGAAGUGAAGUGUGUGAGGACACAGGAAGUGUGUAUGUGGGACAGAGUGAUGAAGACACGGUGAUGGAAGACGGAGCGUUCGUCACUGAUUCCUGUCCUCCAUGUGUCUUUGAGGGCACAGAGGGGUGGAUCCUGCAACACCAGUCUAGCUUUAACGACAGCGAGUCAGAGGACGUUCUUCACACCGUCAACCCAAACGAGGUCUUUAACGAGAGUGACAGUGCCGCCUCUGACGCCGCUGACCCUGUCCACUGCCAGACUCUGGCCACGCCCACUGUCUAUCAGGUCGUGUAUGAUGUCAGUGGAGUGGGUGGAGACCAACAGAAGCAGCAGGACGUGGACGUCAUUUCUAUCGAGCUCGACGAGUGGAGCGCCCCCGUGCUGCUGUCUGACGCGUGUGUGGUGAGCGAGCUGCCCCUGGUUUCCGCCAUCAAAGUGGAACACGCCCAUCCUAAGCUUAACCACACCCACUCUGAUCUCGACCACGCCCUGUUCGACCUUAGCCACGCCUCUCAUUCCUUCACUGAUGGCCUGCUGUAUCCUGAGCUGAAGCUGACUGAGGAGGAACAGAAGCUGCUCAAUCAGGAGGGCGUGUCCCUGCCCAACAACCUGCCCCUCACCAAGUCAGAGGAGAGAAUACUGAAGAAAGUGCGGCGCAAAAUCCGUAAUAAACAGUCGGCGCAGGACAGCAGGCGCCGCAAGAAGGAGUACAUCGAUGGUCUGGAGGGCAGGGUCGCGGCGUGUUCAGCACAGAAUAAGGAACUCCAGAGGACAGUGGAGCAGCUGGAGAAACACAACAUGUCCCUGUUAGCACAGCUCAGGAGGUUACAGUCUCUGGUGAAACAGACGGCGAGUAAAGCGGCCCAGACGAGCACCUGCGUCGUGAUUUUGCUCUUCUCUUUAACGCUGAUUAUUUUCCCGAGUUUUCGUCCCUUCAGGCUGCGCGCUGAUGCCUCAGACGACUCGUACACGCCCACCGGAGUCAUUUCCAGGAACAUCCUAAACGAUGAGGCGUCUCCACUCGUCCCUUCUGGCGUCGCAGCAGAUGAUAAAACCCCCGUCCUCGCGGAGCUGCAGCCCGCGGCGGACAUGCAGCGUGUCGAGCGCUUUGACUCGGACGACGCAAAAAGAGACGACAGGAAACAGGAAGUGGUGCUUCCGGACGAUGCGAUGAAAUUAAAUGACUCCACAGUGGAGGGAAAUGGGGUGGAGCCAGUCAGCGUCGACUCGCCCUCCCCUUCUGCAGGGGGCGCUGCAGUGGACGUCGACAUGACCAAACCCGCGCACGCUGACGAAAUGUAGCAGCACAAAGCGCUAACAUUAUUCAUGGUCGCUAACGGGCCUCGUCCUAAAUCGUUACAUCUUGGUACUGUGCUGAGGUAGUGGACUACGAUAGUGGACACACUAGUGCACCAUCGCAGGUUAGGGUCUCUGGUGUGGUGCACUAAAAUGGUGGUUAGGACAUAGAAGCUCAGAUGACUGGUCUUAAAAUGUCAGGUGACUUUGAAUGUGGGCGGGGCUAUCUAAUACUACACUUUAUCAGUGCUGUAGUGCACACUGUAGUGAUUUGGGACACAGCACAUGGAAAGACUCAGGAGUGGGCUGUGUCCCAAAUCAGAGGGGAUUUCCUGCUGUUAGUACUCGUCUGUAUUUUUACAAUAAACGUCAUUGUGAACCAG